AAUGCCAUAUUGAAGUUCUCCAAAGAACGCGGACGUUUUGAACUUUGACCCAUUUCAAGCUGAUAAACAAGAGGGGUAUAAAAGGGAGGACGCUGUAGGAGUUGGAUGUUUUUCGACGAGAGACAAAGCUGGACACAAUCGAAGCGAACUGACAGAGGAAGAGAAAGUGCGUGCAUUGACUGUGGGAGGAGCCUACAGACCCUGAGCCAUGUGGGCGGGGCUAGGCCUAGUUCUGGCCCUAUGCCUGCUGCCCGGGGGCGGGGCGGAGGUGGAGGACGGGGGGAGUCGCUGUAAGAAGGCCCCUCCCUGGACCAUUGGGGAGGCGGAUCCUAUGAAGGAUGCGCUGGGUCAGGUGACCGUGGUGGCCCUCCUGCAGGCCAGCUGAUUCUUCUGCCUGGUGCAGGCCUCCAAAAUGGGAGGCCUGCGCCAGAAACUGGAGAAGCAGGGUCUGACCAACAUAACCUAUAUGGUGGUCAACCACCAGGGGUCAGAGUCGCAACAGCGGCACCCAGUGCUGAGCAAGAAGGUCUCCAAGGACAUCGCGCUCUACCAGCAGCUGCCCGGGCAGGUCGACGUCUGGCAGACCCUGUCUGGAGACAAGGACGACUUCCUGAUCUACGAUCGGUGUGGUCGUCUCACCUACCACAUUGCCCUCCCCUACUCACUCCUGAGCAUGCCCUACGUGGAAGAGGCCAUCAAGGACACAUACUGCAAGAAUGUGUGUGGAAGCUGCGAAUAUGAGAGUUCCGAGCAGCAGCCGGUGUGUAACCAAACGGCGGCAGAGGAGCCUGUGAAGCCGGAGGUCGAGGUCGAGGGGGCUCACAGUCACGGUCAGGGCCACGGGCACGGUCAUCGCCACGGUCACGGCCACGGCCACGGCCAGGCCGGUCACCAGGCGGCCACGGAGAGGCGGGGCCACGGGGCCGGCGGGCAGCAACAGCACGCCCACGGGCAGCACCAGCACGCCCACGGCCAGGAGCAUGCACACGUAGCUCACAUCCACCAGCAGGGGGAGGCAGAGGCCCCCCAGCAGCCUUGACCGGCCAGUAAAAGCAGGUGAAAGGUGCGGUACAGCUGAGAGUGGCAGGGCGAGCUCUUGGGCUCCUCCUGCUCCUCCGGCUGAUGCUGACACUGACGGCAGCUGUUCGGCAGCCAGGGGCCCCACGAGGCCGCCGGCCUCUGACGCUGUGAGGGGCCCCUCCCGGCCACCUGACAGUGACAGGGCCACGUGGGCAACGCCCAGGUCGGGGAGACCUGACAGUGACGUCUGCCCUUCGCUGCCUGACAGCCGCCGUCCCUCUGAUCCUGACCCCAGGGCUCCCAGACCUGAGGGUGACAGGGGCAGUAAAGUGGGCCAGUCCCGCUACACUGACUCCCCCCCUAGAGCUCCCCCUACAGGCCAGUCGCCGUCCACACACUAAUUGCCCCACUGGUAAAUAAAGUUAGUUAGUACAUUAGUACCCAAUGGUGUGACGUGCAAUACUGGGCCCUGGAAAGAGGUUUCCAUCUUACCAACAAGUAUUUAAAUGAGAGGUUUGAGGCAACUCCUGUAUCCAAUCAGGAAAGGAGGAGGAGGAGGAAGAGAAAGAGGAGGAGGAGGGAGUGUUCACUUGGAAAGAACUUGAAAAUAACGAGGGAGACCUGGCUUACCCAGUGACUUCCACUGACACUGACUAGAGCAAACCGCAUACUGAGGCAAAUUAGAAGGUAGAGUUGGAUACUUAUUUUAUGCAAACAAAAUGCCUGCAGUUCCUUAUUAAGGGGAACUCAAUUGGACAAGGUCCAUCUAAAUCUCUGAAAUGGCAUUUGGUUUUGGUAAAAUUAGAAGCCGGUGUGGGACAGAAGGAUAAGAACCAGAACCGGUCCUCCGCUCCUGUGCUUGUACUGGAGUUGCCUCACCUCUGAAAUUGUGGUCUGGUCGUGUUGCUACCUUUCGCCUUCCCCGAACACUCGUCUUGCUUUUAUGAGGACAGGUGCAGAAACUAUGCUCUAGUGGUUCCUGUCUGAUGCUGUGCAAUUUCUGAGUUGGGAAGGAAAGCCAAGCAAUGAGGCUGACACAGAGUUCAAAAUAAGUAAUGAGUUAAAAAUGUAAGACUACAGAUAAAUAUUAAUGCAAUACCUUAAAAUUUAAACAAGAAUGGAAAUGCAGUAAUGUCCAUUUCCUCCUGACUUUAAUAGAAUUUGGCACCAAGGUCCAACACUGGAGAAAAAACAAGAAAUCUGGUCGUGAAAAUUGAGUUUGUUUGUGUGUGUGUGUUUGUUUCAGGUUUUCAGUUUUAAUUUCCUGCAUAUGAUUAACAUCCCUAACAGAAGCAUUUAGUCUUGAGUUUCCUACUAUAUUCCAGUAAUAUCGGCUAUUCAGCAAUGGCAUAUGAGCAUUAUAAUAAUAAUCAGAUAACACAGGCCGAAACAAAUCACUUAAAAAGCACACAACAUAAUAAUAUUAUGAUUUCAUAUCCUCUUUCACAAAGUGGGUUACUUUCAGAAUGUCUACAUAUGCAAUGUACAGCAAUUAUUUUAAUUGCUUUUUUAUGUUAAUUCUUUUAGAUGAGCAAUAAAAUACUUUGCUUGAGGGACACAAGGUGUGCUCACGGAAUAUAUAGAAAAUACACUUCUGAUGCAUAUUUGGAAACUAACAUGCAAAAUGAUACUUUUUUAUUGUUUUUACUUUUUCAGUAAUGUAAUCUUGGGUGGGUAAAGAAUGAGGUGAUCUUGUAAGAAAAGGUAUUGAAAGUUGUGUUUUAUUGAAUUAGAACAUUUUUUAUACUUUAUGAAGGUUUCUUGGAAAAACGGAAGUUCCCUCGAAAUCCCGAUGCUUUGUAUGAACAAUGUUUGGUCGGUGCAGAUGGACUACAAGGAAAGACCAAGGGCUGUAAGCCUAGUGAGUGUGAUGAAGACAACGAAUGAGAAAUAAAAUGAUGUUUAUUCAAA